GAGUGAUGCGUCAGCUCCUCCUACACCUCCCACUUUAUCUGUGAGGGUGGGAUGGGCUGAGGGUGUGUGUGUGUGUGUGUGUGUGUGUGUGUGUGUGUGUGUGUGUGUGGUACAUAAGCAGAGGGAGAGAAAGUGAGACCAGAAUAAGACCACAGUGGCUGAGAAGUGAUGAUCGGUCACACAGCAAGCCGCUGCGCUCUGCCGCUCUGGAUCCGACUGAUUAUUUUUCACCCUUUCAUCGUUUCUCCUCCACUUUUCUUCCUCACGUCGUUUCACUGAAACCAGAACAACAGGAUUGUUUUUGCUGCUUGAGGAGGAGUUGAAGGAUGAAAAUGGGAAAAAGAAACAGCUGAGACUUCAGGACUUGCUGUAACAAAGAGAAGAAGUGAAGAUGAACUCCACGGCUCAGCAAGGCUUGAUCCCAGGCUGCCUGAACCAGAGCCUCUGCUCAGGAACUCUGCCAGAGAAAGACGUUUCCGGAGAGGAGAAGGAUUCCUCUGCUGGCUGCUACGAGCAGCUGCUGAUUUCCACCGAGGUCUUCCUCACGUUGGGCAUCAUCAGCCUGCUGGAGAACAUCCUGGUGGUCGCCGCCAUCAUCAAGAACAAGAACCUCCACUCCCCGAUGUACUUCUUCAUCUGCAGCCUGGCGGUCGCCGACAUGCUGGUCAGCGUCUCCAACGCAUCAGAGACCAUCGUCAUAGCGCUGAUCAACGGCGGCAGCCUCACCAUCCCCGUCACGCUCAUCAAAAGCAUGGACAACGUGUUUGACUCCAUGAUCUGCAGCUCUCUGCUCGCCUCCAUCUGCAGCUUGCUCGCCAUCGCCAUCGACCGCUACAUCACCAUCUUCUACGCCCUGCGGUACCACAACAUCGUCACCAUCCGGCGGGCGUUGCUGGUCAUCGCUGGCAUCUGGACGUGCUGCACCGUCUCCGGCAUCCUCUUCAUCAUCUACUCAGAGAGCACCACGGUGCUCAUCUGCCUCAUCACCAUGUUCUUCACCAUGCUGGUCCUCAUGGCGUCGCUCUACGUUCACAUGUUCCUGCUGGCGCGCCUGCACAUGAAGCGCAUCGCCGCCCUGCCGGGCAACGCGCCCAUCCAGCAGCGCGCCAACAUGAAGGGCGCCAUCACCCUCACCAUCCUGCUGGGGGUGUUUGUGGUGUGCUGGGCGCCCUUCUUUCUGCACCUCAUCCUGAUGAUCACCUGCCCCAGGAACCCCUACUGCACCUGCUUCAUGUCUCACUUCAACAUGUACCUCAUCCUCAUCAUGUGCAACUCCGUCAUCGACCCCAUCAUCUACGCCUUCCGCAGCCAGGAGAUGAGGAAGACCUUUAAGGAGAUCUUCUGCUGCUCUCAGGCUCUCUGGUGUAUUAGCUUUCUGUGAGAUGCUCCAGGUAUUUAAUCUAUAAUCAGUGUGCAGUGCAGAGCUCCAGGUCUGCAGGAUGAGUGGGGUUGAUUAGAUGGUUGGCUAACCACAGGAUUUGUCUGCAGUCCACAAUGUUGUGAAUCUAAAAGGAUGAAGAGCCUGAAAUGUCAGUUUUGCAGCUGCACAGAUUGAAAAUGCUUCGGUGUAUGAUAUAUUUAAAGCACAUUAGACAGCUAAGAAUGAAAUAAGACACUAACUUUGCUACAACUGGGAUUACUUUGUCUCCAUUGGUUUCUUGAACAUGGAAGCACUGGGGUACGACUUUAUAGCAUCAAGAUAAUAAUGUUACUCUUAACUGUAAUCAUAACAUUGUAGGGCAAAAAGGCAAAUCAUAGCAUUGACUUAUAAGGUGAUUAUACCUUAUAAGACAACCACAGUAUUGCAUUAUAAAGCGAUUAUUACAUUAUAAUUAUAACUUACCCUUAUAAGGUAAUCCCGCAAUCACAAGUUUGCCUUAUAAGGCGAGUUUUUCUCUUUAAAUUAAUCACACCAUUGAUUUCUGAGGCAACCAUGACAGUGCCAUAGAAGGAGGCCUAUUGCUUCCUGAGGUUAUCCUAGCAUUACUGUAUAUAGCCGUCAAAGACCUUAUAAGGCAAUGAAAACAUUACUGCACAUGUCAGUCAUGAGGCUAAAGAAAGAAGGAUUGUAAUUCUGUUUACCAAAGGAGUGAAUCUGUGUGUGAUGAAGUCUUGUUGCUUUCCAGAUGUUUCUGAAUGUUUCUACAGCAUUAUUCAUGAAGUUCAUCUUAGAGCUAAACCAACAUGGAAGCUAAUUCUGAAGCGCUAUAGCUAAACACAACAAAAUACUGCAGAUUUACACAACGCUAUAUUUAGCUUUUCAUCACCGAGUCGACCAAUCACGGAUUGUCACAUGGCACAUUGUAAGCCAAUAGCGUCCCUUCAUCGUCGACCAAUCACGUCCCGUCCUGUACUCGCUUUUUUUUUUUUUUUCAUUUUUGGUCAGCUUUAUUCAACUGAAAAUUUACAAACCAGCCAAGUAAAUUAAUGCUUUAAAACUGAAUUCAGUUAAAGGAAGCUGGGUGCGCUAAGGGUUUGCUAGUUUAGCAAAGGUGCUAAACGAAACAUUACCUCUGCUAUUUAUAGCGGAGCUAAUGUUUUGUGCUAAUUAUAAUGUGACUGUACUAAUUGUAUUGGGCUAAUUAGCACAUUAGCAGGUUAGCGGAAGUGUACCCACUGCUUUGAUUUCCACUUUUAUUUCACAGCACAAAUUUCAAGGACAAUAUUUGUCUCUAUCCAGCACAAAUCAGCUAAACUUUAUUAUAAAACUAUUUUCUUUUAUAGCAGACUUUAUUGUUUAAUUUAAAUCCUCAGGCAAAAAAGUAAUGUAAUUAAGUUAAAAGUUCUCAAAGAAAAUUCAACAUUGCACAAUACUGAACUAAAAAAUAAUUUUAAGUAUUUGAUGGCACCAUUCACAGAUUCUAACAGGGUAAAAAACAAUCUGCACUUUCCCACUGCAGUGAAUGCAUCAGAAUGUUUUCUAAAUCUCUCAGGCACAUCCGUUUCUGAAUAAAAGUGCACAUUUUUCUUUAUUUCCCAAAGAUUUGAAUCAAUUCUCUUUGAAGCAGCAUGACAAAUACUGUGAUAAAAGUUAAAGCUUGUUUCUCAUCUGCGCUCUUGUAAGUUUGUGUAGGUAUUUGUGUAAAUUUGCACAUUUGAGUUAUUCACACUGGCACUUUAAGCAUGUGGUUAUAAAUAAGUCUAUUUUUCAAUGUGUUUGUGUGCAAGGGCAGAGUAUAAUUAAUGUAGGUUUUCUCCAUGUGUGUGACCUGCUGCUUUUUUAGAUCUUUGCCUUAAUGGUGUUGCACUGUGAUAUAAACAGAAACCGUACUUUAAAGUGUCUCAGUAAAAAAAGAUUAUGUACAGUUUUGAUGUUUUAAGUGUUGCCUUUUUAACAUACAUCUCUGUAAACUUGAAUUGCAUUCAAACGCCCACAAAACGCACAACAGAACAGAUGUAAACAGGGUGUCUUGUGAUCAGCUCUGACAUGUGAUUCAUGCAACUGAAAAACAUGUUUUUUGUAUUUUUUUUCCAUCAGUCCGUACUGUGAAUCACUGCUGCUGUGACUUGAAUAAAUCAUAAUGCAACCUGA